CAGAACUAUUUAAGAUUUCUUUGUCUAACAGAAGAUAAUUAUGGAAACAGAAGCGUUAUGAAAUGGAACUACAAAGAUCUCGGAAGAGUCAACGGAAACAACGUACAUGCGGUUCAAUGUGCUGGAAGAUCUGGUGCCUCUGAUGUUUUAGCUGCAAUACCAUAUGAGAGAGUGAAAUACAAAAGUCUCCAGCACACUUGGAGGUGUAGCACUGGUGAGGAUUUGAAGAUCUCCAUCAGUAAAACAGAAGAUAAUGCUAAGAACCUCAUUCUUCAUAAGCUUCCCGAUAAUCCAUAUUUCCCCAGUAAGCAGGGGAAGGUCUUUGUUCUGAAUAGUGAUUCUCAGAGUUACAGCUUCACGCUAAAUAGCACGACACCAGAAGACAGUGGCUUAUAUUACUAUUAUGUGAAUGAAAAGGAAGACUCAUGGGAAAGUUAUUUCAAUAUUUUGGUCAGAGACUGUGAGGCAGGAAAAUUUGGUCCUGAGUGUUCUAAGAGUUGCCAAGAAUGUCAAAAUGGCGGACAGUGCCACAGCUAUACUGGAGAGUGCCUCUGUCCUCCUGGCUUUAUAGGAAGUGCAUGUCAGCAUGCUUGCCCUAAAGGUUGGUUUGGAACCAAGUGCCAGUUUGAAUGCGGUGCCACAACCAGUGACCAAUUGGGCCCUGAGAAGGGAUCUUGCAAAGGACUAACUCUUUGUCUACCAAGUCCUAUGGGAUGCUCUUGCUUUCCUGGGUAUAAGGGUCCUAUGUGUGAUGAAGAUUGCAUCUCUGGAACUUUUGGGGCUGGAUGCUUAGAGAAAUGCUCUGACAAGUGUAACUCUAACCUCUGUGAUCCCUACACUGGCUCUUGCUAUAAUUCUGAUAAUGUCUUGUCUACAAAGGCUCCAACUGGAGUAAAUGUAAAUGAUGAGCUGCUGCUCUCAUGGAGAGAUGAAGAUCCUGAUGGGCAGCAUCUGUACUUCGUUACAUUAGAGGUUAAGAAUAGCUGCAAUAAUGAUCAAACUAGGAAGACAGAACUGCACUUGGUGCAGCUGGGAAACCAGAUGCAGUUGCCAAGGGAAAGUCUGCAGAACUCUAAAUUUGAGGUUUGUGUUACUACCAGUGAUUUAACAAGAGGACACAGCAGUCCAACCUGUACUUCACACGUGACUCCCAAGGAACCGAAUGUUACGUUUCUGCAACACCAUCUUGUCGAAGUUAUAAUUCUGGACGUGAAUUAUUAUGUGAAGCCACGAUCCAGGGAGAUUGCCUCAACAUUUAUGCUGGAAAUAUCAUCGUGGAAUUCAGUCUAUCGUCAUACCUUGCAUGUAACCGGACACCAAUACAUUACUCAAAGUCAGUAACACUGCAACCUUCACAGAUGGAAGUCUCUCAGACCUUCACAAACCUCAUCCCGGGGUUGCAGUACAACAUGACCACGUCACUGAUCCACAAUGAAAGUGUAAUAGCAACAGCACCUGACACAUUAACUAAUACAACCA